AAAUGAUACGAUUCUGUGGUCGCUUUAGUGAUUCUUUGAUAAGAUCUUACCAUUUGGGCCACGCACUUUACAUAUGCGUGCGUUAACGGAAAACAUAGCCAGUUUGCAACAGAAAUGUGUUCAUGUACAGAAAGGCAUACCGUAUAUGUCAUUGAUAUAUCCGAUUCCCGCAGUUCCUGCAGAAUUCACUUUUGCGGCCGCUUGAUGGCGGCACUUUGUUUGUUUGUAAACAAGCGCCAGCUAAACAACGUGGUGGAGGUGAUGUCGGAUUCCGAGUCCAGUGCAGGCGAAAACCCCGACUUUUUCAGCCUGAACGUAGAGGACUGGAACAAUGAAUUGCAGGAGAGAGCGGACCAGGAAUACUUGGAGCUUCAACAUACGAUGACGAUUAAAGAAAACGCCCACGCAUUAACCGACGCAGUGAUGGGUCCUCGGCGAUAUGAACCCGGAGAAUUACCAGCAAAAAGAACAAAAAGGGACCACACUGAAGAAGAACUAAACUUUACACGUUCAAUGACAGUCACUGCAGAACACACUAGACAUUGUCAAGAAAAGCCUGAACGCAAGAGAGAGGAAAAUAUGCUUUUGGAUCCUGCAAAGCUUCAUCAAGCGGACCUGGACAGCACCAACGGCUACACGGGAAUACCAAAACGCUGUUAUCGCAAAGUACAAGCACACAGGAAACCUGUAACAUCAACGGCUUGGUCAACGAAAGGCUACGGUGACUUGCUGAUGACAUCCUCGUUGGACGGCAGUGUCAAACUUUGGAGUGAAUUGGGCAAACGUUGUGUGUAUGCUGGAUGGGCAGCAGCCGGCGUGCGAUGUGCACGUUUUUCACGCUGUGGACAAAAAAUAUUCAGAUGCGGCUUCGACAGAAAACUGGUGCUUGUGGAUCCCACAAGAGAUGCUGCAGUGUACACCGCAAACCUCAAGGAGACGCCUUCAUGUCUUUGCGUUGACACCACGAAUGAGUCGCUAGUAUUUGUCGGAUACAAUGGAGGCGUUGGGCUAUGGGACAUUCGACAGGAGCCUCGAAGUGCUGUACUCGUGUACGAAACGCAUUGUGGAGGGGUGCUUGACAUAUUACUGAUCAAUGAUGGUAAAGAACUUGUCUUCAGCGGAGACCUGGUAGCACGUGAUGCUAGUCACACAGCACUGAUGGUGUGGGACAUAGCAUCAAGUGCCUUACUCUCCAAUCAAGUUUAUCAGGAACGGUACACAUGUCCUAGCCUCGAGCUUCUCUCGCCCAAAAACUUUGUGGCCCAGACCAAUGGGAACUACAUCGCCAUCUUCAGCACGGCACGGCCGUACAAGAUGAACAAGAGGAAACGGUUUGAAGGGCACAAAGUGGCAGGUUAUAAAGUUGGAUGCUGUGUCAACUCUGACGCGUCGCUUCUGUGCAGCGGUGAUGCUGAGGGGCUUCUGCACUUCUACUGGGCGGACUCCUGCGCUUUAGCAGGUGUAAUUCAGUUAGACGGGAAUUCUCCAGCCACACACCCAGUAUGGCAAAAUGGAUCGCACCUGGCGGUUGGUUGCUGGGAUGGAUCAUUACAUCUUUGCCAGUAGCUCAGACGAAGUGUUAUGAUGAAUGUUGCAAACAGGCAAAUAUUAUUUAAAAUAGAAUGGGCUGCCUCAUGAAAAUGUCUCUGACCAUACCAUCAAUGCCAGGCAAAGUAGCUAAAAAAACAAAGAGGCUGGCAAGUUAUUUAAACUAGAAAAUAAAAUUAUCCUCAGCUUUGUCAAUGCCACAUGUCUGCAGUUUCCUAGAGCACAAAUUCUUCAGUGGAGUUAAUCAUUUAGUGUAUCCACUCCCUGCAGCAAAGAUAGGCUAUUGUGCUGUGCCAAAUACCCAGAAUAUUAAAUUUGAAACUAGGCUAUGGAGAAAAAGUACUUGUAUCUGAGCGAGUGGUACAUUGCCCUGGUAUGCUGGGCCAGUAAAUGGUGUUUUGCAAAUGGCACCAGACGUAAUUGUUUGAUCAGCCCUGUCAAUCCAGCUCCGUCCAUUUUAAAGCUCUAAUCAAUCUGACAUGUAAAACCAGCUACCAUGAGAAACAGAUAAGAUUGCCUGCACCUAUGCUAUGUGGAAGAUCAUGGAUGAGACCCAAGAAAACACCAAGUUUGGCCAGCAAAGAAAAAGAAAAAAAAAAAAAACGAACCUGGAUGUAAGCUCAAACGAGCAGUGUGCUGGCCUGCACACUGCUCUUGUGUUUGCUACCCAAGCUCAGGCAAUUUUCUUCGUUAACUUUGAGAAAUUAGUUGUUCUUAGAUAAAAUACCUUUAUUCCUUCGAAAAGCACGUUAAAAUUCACUUAUGAAGUGUCCACAAUGUCUGUACAAAAAGGGGACAGCAGAGGCAUGGCAUGAGAGGUAGACAGAAUGAAGGAUGCUUCCCAAUUGAUGUUGUACAGAACUAUUUCUGUGAUGCCCCAAACAGAUCGUUAUACGCGAUGAAACAGCACGGCUCGUGAUUAUGUGAACCGACUCUUAGUCCUUCACUCGUCUAGACACACACACACAAAAGAAAAGAAA